CAGUGGGGCAAGCCUCAGGGAGUGCUCGCUAUACUGCUCCUUCUCGGCGGAGAUGUCGUGCAGAAGGCGCUAUCUCAAACGUCCGGAGGUGCUGUCACGCCUGUCUGCUUCUCGUUCGGCUGGGUUGGCUAUUCGCUCAAAGCACUCACCAGCAUCACCGGGGACGGCCGUCUUUUGCCCGAACCCGAUCACCUCGUCAAGGUCUACAACAUCGAGACCGGAUAUGUCCGCGAGAAUAGGAACUGGGUGAUCGGUCGCCUCACGAGGGACAGCAUCAUCCACCUGAACAACUCGAAACCCCUCGAGAAUGAAGCCCUCCGUAUCUCCGUCUACGACGCCCAGCCCGAUACCGGCAACGCUGCCAUCGCCGGUCAUGGUAACGCCCUCUACUCUGCCAUCGUCACGGCGCUUCUACAGUGUGUGGUUGCCUACAAGCCUGUCCACACAGACGGUGACUGGAGCGCCAUGACCACAUUAACAGCCGGCACCGCCCUCGCCCUCAUCGCAGGCGGAUUGCCGCAAUGGCAAGCCGAGAAGCUCGCCUGCCGCCGCAACUCCAAGAAGGUCUUCGCGCUGACCGCCGGAAACGGCUCGCGCGACAUCAUGAUCAUCCGCGGCAACGGCAACUGCCUCGAUCUCGAAGACCUCGCCACGCCGGAGCUGCCUCGCUCGAAGCGCGCCCUCGCCAUCACCGUCUUCGGCACCCCCCUCGGCUUCGCAAUCACCAUCGUCGUCGCCGCCCUACAGGGCCUCUGCUGGCUCGCCAUCCUCAUCUCCAUCGCCGGUGUGGGUUCCAACAACUGGUACUUGAUCGUGGUUGGGGGCCUAGGGAUGGUGCAGAACCUCUUCGCCGCGGGCAUGAGCCGCAACCCGGCGAGGCGCAAUAUCCCGCUGAAGCACGUCGAGACUAUCACGAGUGCGAAGGUUAUGGAUGGGCUUAUGGACGCGGAAGUCACGUACAAGAACACGGGCUAUGCGCUUCUGGAGGAGUUCUUCCCGGGAUACCUCCGCGCUGAGGAGACGCAGUGGUGGGACGGGGAGACCUCCGCGUACGACAACAAGCGG